UGGCCGAGAUAAGAUAGCGCGCAGACCCACCUACACCACUAGCUUUCAUCCACUUUCAUCAUCUAUCACUAUCACCGUCCUUCUGUUUUCCCUUGACUUUGUCUACUUUGUCAUCGGUUAUUUUAUUUGUUUUUUUAUAUCAAGAGUUCAACAGUUUCUGCCUUUUCUUCAUAAACAUAGGUUAAUUCUUCAAUCUUCUGCCAGGCUGGCCCUAAGCUCCCCCGCCGUCGUCCAGAUGAAUCGAGCCGCAGUGAGAGCCUUAAGGACGACCUCACUUUCGACCGUCCGCACCCUCUCCCGCACUCCUCGUCGUGGUUUCGCCGUCUCGUCCUUCGCUCUCGCCCAGGCACGAUCCAAGGCUAGUGCACACGCUCGAAGCGCUCGCCGCAACCCUGCAGGUGCCAUUCCCCUAAGAUCCUCUAUGUACUUUCGUCGCCUGCCAGUCGCGCUUGUAUCCAGUAUCGUCGUCGGAUACGGCGCCUGGUACUCUCUCAACAGCUCUGACAUCCCCCCCGGCUCGGUUGUAGGCUCUAGGACUAGCCUCGCGUCAACUCAGACAGCGGAUGUAUUACCUACUCGGACUGUUCUCGUAGUGGGCGCCGACGAACUUAGACAAGGCACCAUUGUUGGCGAGGGGCCCAUCUCCAAGGCAACUAGUGACGACGGGCGUCGCAUCGUCGAAAUGUUGACACCCGACCAAGCAACACAGAAGCUUCGUCGCCUCGAACAGUCUUUUUCCGUCAGCCGAGGACAGGGUGUUACACGUUACGACCUGGUACAGCUGCCCAGUAAUGACCCUAUUGAGGAUGAUCACGCCGAAAAGAUUGUUCAAGUCCCCAGCAGAUCUUCCGUCGAGACAGAUAACAGUGAUUGGAUGUUUUGGGGUGUUUUUGACGGCCAUUCGGGAUGGACUACUUCUGCAACGUUGAGGGAAAGCCUGAUUAACUACGUCGCCCGCGAAUUGAACGAAACCUACAAGAAGGCUUCCGGCGAUCUUCCUUCUGAGGAUGCAGUAAACCUGGCCAUCAAGACUGGGUUCAAUAACCUGGAUAACGAGAUCGUUCACAAGAGCGUGGAGAAGGUGUUCAAGGGCGGUUCCAAGACUGUUGCAGCCGAGCUUCUACAGCCCGCUCUAUCUGGAUCGUGCGCCCUGCUAUCAUUCUACGACAGCCGCAGCAACCUCCUGCGGGUUGCAUGCACUGGUGACUCUCGCGCAGUCCUUGGCCGCAGGGCAGGGAACGGAAAGUGGACAGCCACUGCUCUAUCAGAGGAUCAGACGGGUAGUAACUCUCAAGAGGUUGAGCGCAUGCGCAAGGAGCAUCCUGGGGAGGACAACGUCAUCCGAAAUGGCCGUGUUCUUGGUGGAUUAGAGCCUAGUCGUGCCUUUGGAGACGCCGUCUACAAGUGGAGCAGAGAUGUUGCCUGGAAGUUACGCGAGAACUUCUUCGGUCGCAGCCCUUCACCUCUCUUAAAGACUCCUCCCUAUGUCACCGCCGAGCCUAUCGUUACAACUACCAAGGUCCACCCCGAAAAUGGCGAUUUCCUUGUCCUGGCAACCGAUGGCCUCUGGGAGAUGCUUACGAAUGAAGAAGUUGUUGGCCUUGUAGGCAAGUGGAUUGAGACUCAGGGACAGUCUGGAACCAACUCGCAGUUUGAUGCUGCAUGGAACAAGAUCUUUGGCUCAUCCAAAACACCUUUACCCGUUGAGGGGAGCAAGACCGCCGGACCUGAUGGCAACAAGACCCCUAUUCGCGUUCAACAAUGGGGCAUUGACCCGGAUGCUAAGGAUCGGUUCACCGUGAAGGAUAAGAAUGUUGCUACACACCUUGUCCGAAACGCCCUUGGUGGCAACAACGACGAGCAGGUCUGCGCUUUGCUCACGCUGCCUUCGCCUUUCUCGCGACGAUACCGUGAUGAUUUGACUGUUCAAGUCAUCUUCUUCGGCCACGGGGAGAAGACAGGCGAGGUAACCGUCAAUCUCGAGGCUACAGCUGGAGAAGGUGUCAAGGCGAAGUUAUAAAGUAACCAUGCUUCUCACUUAUUGUUAUUUAUCUUGGAGACCGCAGGAGAGGUUGUAUGUACUAGUACGGAGGUAUUGCUAAUGGAGUUUGGCGGCGUUUGCAGAUUCCGAUGAGCGAAUCAAGAUAUCUUGACUUGGAUCAUUCUAUUGUUGUUGUUGUUUUCAUGAGAAGCGCGCAAUGACGAAGACCUGUUUUAUGAACGGCAUUGUGGAUGAUUUUGGAGUUCCUGUCAGGGAAAUAAAUGGCAUUUUCCUUGCGUUGACUUGGUCAUGCCACUGGAUGUUUGUAUCAAGGAGUUUCCUUUAAGACGAAUUGCAGUAGCGAGAUCCGAAAGUUAAAUAAAUAGUUGAGACGACUGCCCUUAU